CAGUGACUUUCGACAUAUACAAGUAGGAUUCGAGAGCUUCGUCAAGACUUAAAUGUUUGUUAGUGUAACUCUCAAUUGGAAAACAGUGUCACGCUCUCCUACCAGCCUCGUACUUUGGGAAGUCACUACAUUUACAUCGGGCAAUGAUCAAUUGGAAUGUUAGAAUGCUCCAGGAAUGCACUUCGAAAUGAAAAUGGAUUUUAUAUCUUAAACUUCAAGUCAAAGCCCAGAGCAGAAGAACUAUUUCAUUUCAACUUCUUUUCACAACAAUAUUUAUGUUGUUUUAAAUCAACACCCACCCAAUAGUUUGUUACUAUUGUAUUAAAUAGAGUUAUGAAAUUACCUUGUGGUGUUCGUGAUUUACCGGCGUCAGAUAUUGUUAGUCCAACUAUUACGAGUUGCGUUUGGAUAUUACAUACUAUAUAAAUAUAUAUUGCUAUUUAAGGAGUUUUCUGGAUUGUACAUCGAAAUUAUGAAUGAUGUAAGGAAAUUAAAAGAUCAGUACAAAGAUGAACAUCCAGCUUUUGGAUCUUACUUGGAAUGCAUGACAAGGACAUUGUUUGGUGGCCUUGCUGCAUUUACUUUAGCAUUUUCAUCAGCAUACUUUGCACAGAAAGGCCUCAGAAAGUAUCUACCAUAUAACGAUAAGAAUUUUAUUUUAGUGUCUACUGCGGUGUCCACUGGAAUUACAUAUUUUCUGACAUCUCGAGCCACAAAGAAUUGCCAAGCAGGCUGGAUGGCAGCUGAAGAUAAAGUUACUUAUCUUUCUGAUCACACUCCUCAGCAAAAAUAAAUUUUUUGUUCGUUUAAAAUAAAAUAACUUUAUGAAGUUUUAAGGAACAGAAAACUGUCAUUAGUAGGAUACAAUGGCAUCAACACAGGUUUACAGGACGUGUCGUACAGUACCUCGUGUUUUAUAUUUAGUACAUAAUACAAAUAGCAAAAAAUUCUUCACUUAUGCCAAUUUUUUCCUUAAACGAAGUGUACUUAUCUCUUCAAAAUAUCCAUUUUAUUUUACUCCUCUGUCACAACACAAUAAUCCACGUUACAUGUACCGUAUAGGUUUGGAACUUCCUUUCGUUAAUAUCUUGACUUUGAAAAGAGAGUUUUCAAAAUCCAAUUUUGUCCUGUGGAAAAAAGAUGAUGAUACUGAAGUAGAUGAUGAUUACUUAAAGACUAUAGAUUCAAGUGAAGAUAAUGUAUUUGAAAAGUGGAGCAGGGAAUUGCUACCUGUAGCUGACAAGCAUUCUGUUUUUGUCAUACAACCUCAUGUAAAAUGGGGAACUAAGAAGAAGUGGAAUACAACACCAGAACUUCAAUUGGAGGAAGCAGUUGCUUUGGUGCAGUCUUUACAUGGGUGGCAAGUUGCUGAUAAGAUGAUUAUUGGAUUGAAAUCUUUUAAAAAGAAGUCAUUUUUUGGUUCCGGAAAUUUUGAAAUGCUGAAAAAGAAUGUUCGUCGCAAUGAAAGAAUAACAGCAGUUUUUAUUAGUACAAAAACAUUAUCAAGCUCACAACAUAGGGAACUGCAACGUGCAUUUGGAGUACCUGUUUUCGACAGAUAUACUAUCAUUAUUCAUUUGUUCCGUCAACAUGCUACUUCACGAGAAGCUAAACUGCAAGUCGCAAUGGCCGAAAUUCCGUCUCAGCUGAAUGACAGAGAUGAAGGAACUAUAGAUAAACGUGGUGGAACUGGUGGUGUGCAGGGUGUGGGUGGUGGUGGAGAAACCGUAGUGGAAAUUCAAAAACAAUCUUUGGCUCUACGUGAGACGAAAAUAAAACAAGCUCUGGAAAAAUUGAGGAAACAUCGAACACUGUUGCGAGCAAAACGCCAAAAAAUGGAAUAUCCAGUUGUGGCUGUUGUAGGCUACACAAAUGCAGGUAAAACAUCUUUAAUAAAAGCUCUGACUGGUGAUAAAAAUAUGCAGCCAGAGAACAAAUUAUUUGCAACUUUAGAUGUCACUAAUCAUAUGGGAAUGCUACCUUGUCGCAUGAAAGUUCUAUAUGUGGAUACAGUUGGUUUCAUCAGUGACAUUCCUACAAAUUUAUUGGAAUCAUUUACUGCAACACUGGAGGAUGCACUGCUUGCUGACGUGAUAUUACAUGUUAUGGAUGUAAGUCAUCCUGAUCGAAUGGCUCAGGCUGAAAAUGUCAAAAGUACCUUACAAAACUUGCAAAUCACAUCUGACACAUUAAAAAAUAUUAUAGUCGUUGGAAACAAAAUUGACCUUGUACCCAAUGAUAUUCCAUUUGAAAAUGAUGAAGGAAUUCCUGUUUCAGCUGUUAAGGAAUUAGGUCUUACUGUAUUGAAGAGAAGAAUUCAAGAAGUCAUUCUUGAGGCGACUGAUAGAAAGUUUCUAAUAAUUCGUGUACCAAUGGGUGGAACGGAAGCAAGUUGGUUGUACAAAGAAGCUACAGUGACAGACACUGAAGCAGAUCCAGACAACAAUCAGUUUCUUCUGAUGCAUGUGGUAAUUACAAAUGCAAAAUUUAAUUUUGUUUUAUUAGAAAAAUCAAACUCUCAUUGCUUUCUCAAUACCAACACAGAAAAGUCAACAUCUGACAUUCCUUCUGUUUCAACCUGUUCUCUUUUAAUCUGUCAUUUCAGAAUGUAUGGAACAACAAUUUUUUUUAUAAAAGUGGUAUUUUCUCUGGUUAACCAUCAUGAAACAUAAAUAUUUAUAGGUUAGUGCUGUGAACAUCAUACAGUAUUAAUACAUAUCAUUAUCAUCAUCGUCAUCAUCGGCAUAGGCAUCGGCGUCAUAAACUGCAAGUUGCGAGGCCUGUCGUCUGUACCAGUUUCCCAGUAGACCAGUAGGCUUACACCUCCAGGUGUUUUUAAAUAUGGAAUAUACUAAUACAUGUGGGAAUCUGAUCAAGGUCUUUCAGGUUUUCCACAUGAGAAAGCAGAGAAUGUGCUCAUCGACACUAAAAAAUUGAAGGAGUUGCAGAAAGGCACAUGUGGCAGUCAGUCAUAUGAGAAAGUGUUGAUCAUGUGCAGUUGUUUUCUUUUGAAAUUUUUUCACAAUAUACUUUUUUUUUUUAAUUAAGCUUGAGUGUUUCUUUAACUAUGCCGAAUAAUCUGAUUCCCACAUACAUGUUAUACUAAACAGGACAUUAAGACUUUAAAACUCUGCCUUACAUUUCCUUCCACCUUUUCAUUAUGAGUAUGUGAGGUGUGAUUUCCUUUAUGAAAAUGUGAACAAUUUUUGGUGGUACUGUCACUAAGCAUUACUACACAUGAUUUCAUUAAAGUGUGUUUUUAAAAUAAUUGUUUAUAUAGUAAUUGCUACGGCAUGAUUGUAUUCUUUUAAGUAGCAUUAUGUUUCUCAAAAUUUACCAUAAUUGCAUUUUAAUAAUGAUUACAAGAGCUAUUGCUACUUGUUUUCUUAAAAUGAGAGUAUUUUUUUAUAAUGUAACAAAAUGUAACAAUCAAAAUUCCUAUGAUUCGGACCCAAUAAAUAUGCAUUUAAUUUUUUUCUGAGUUGCUUCAAAGUACAUGUUCAUUUAGAACAACAGAC